UGAUUUUGUGAUUAUUCAAAGAAUUUUAUGAUUUUGUGAAUCUUCUCAAGAUUUCAUCGAUUUAAACCAGAAACCAGAAACCAGAAUCCAGAACCCAGAGACCAGAAUCCAGAAACCAGAAACCAGAGUCCAGAAACCAGAAAUUGUCAAUAUGAUCUCGAUUCCUGAAGAAUUAAAGAAGAAAUUGACAUCGUGUCGAAGAAAUGUCUCACGUCUGACUGAACGAGAAUGGGACAUCGAUCGUGUCGAAGCUUUGCGUUCCGAAUUGAAGUCUUUGAACGGAGAGUUGUUUGAUUUGUUCCCGGAAGACGAUGAGUUUCCAUCUGAAAUUACUGAUAAAGUUGUUUACUAUGAUACAUUGAUGACUCGUUAUAUAAAUAAUUUGAAAUCUACGAUCUCUGGCUCUUUGAUAUCCCCAAGUCGUAAUUAUAAUGAGAUUUCGUCAAAUGGUUCUGCUGAUUCUUUGGUACGUAACGAUCAUAAUAAUGAAAAUGUGAAUGUCGAUAAUGCUGCUGUUGAUGGAAAUAACGUAACAUCAGCUGGAGGAGAUCGAGUAAAUGAUUUGGUUAAUUCUAACGAUUCUUUUUUGCGUGAUGAUCUUGGCCGUAACUUCGCUAGUCUAUCGCUUUCGAAUACACGUCGUCCAAUUAAAACUGACCAGUUGCCUUGUUUUGAUGGAAAAUAUACAAAUUGGAAUUCUUAUAAAAUUAUGAUUGAAAAUUUAUUGAUAAAAGAUGACAUGAUUUCGGAAGAAUUGAAAAAGUCUAUGUUGUUGAAAACUGUGAAAAAUGAGCCAGAACGUUUGAUGACAAUUUUAAUUGGUCAACGAUUGCCUUUAGCAGAAAUUUGGUCGAAAAUUUGUGAAAAAUUUAAUGAUCCUCAGCGUGCAAUUUUGGAAAUUAAGAACGAAUUGAAAUUGAUACCGGAGAUAGAAUCUGAGAAUGAAGUUAAUCAUUUGAAAAAAGCAAAAGAUAUAGUAGAAAGUGCCAAUCUAGCCAUCAAAAGUUUGGAAACGGAUGCUCGUUUUUAUACAACAAAUUUGGUUCAAGCCGUUGCUGAAAAAUUUUAUUAUAAA